CCGUCGCGCUUGCCAACCUCAAUCAACGAUCUCACCCAGACUCUGACUACGCGCUCGCUAUUUUCCGAUACAGUGUCUACGAAUCAUGUCCGGCUGCAACGCUGGUCCUAACGCGUGACUGAAUAGAACCACCCAGCGUAAGUGUUGUUGAGUUGGUGCGCCACUUCAACCUAGUUCGCAUAUGAGCAACGACGCCAAGGGAAGGAGAGAACCGCUUAUCUGACCUGGCGGUGACGAUGAGAUGAGAUCUCGCCCCCAAGAUGGUACGCAAAAGAAAAGAACGGUCUCUCGGGGGACUGGGUGAGAAGCAUCCGGAACGUAAAAGGGCCAGGUUGGAUCGGACUAAGGGUCGGAUCAAGCAUUACGUACUGCCACAGUAUUAUGACAAUGUACAGACACUCCGCGAAUACCUGCUUUCGAAGCUGCCGGGCUCUUCGAGGCUUCGUCGCAAGAAAAUAGCUUUGUUAGGGAAGGACGAGAAUCGGCCAAGUAAGGAAGGCCACGAUUACAUCCCGGAGCUGGUCGUGUUACUAGAUACGACGCUGGUUUGCACACAUAAUCGCUCCCAGGCUCAAUCUGAUUCUAGGUGGGAGCAGUGGAGGUCCUUUUCGCAGAAAGCAGACGAAUCUGUCGUAUCGGCUUCAGGGAACCUUGCCAGUGCCGCAGCUUCGCAGUCAGAGAUUGUUGACUUUUCCAUCUGGCAACUUUUCUCCAAAAUUCAGCCUCAUACCGCGUGGCCGAAACAUAUCCUAUGCGAUGGCUUCAAAAAACGAGCUGAAAAUGUCGCCAACGGCAAUGGCCAAGACGCUGCCGGGCCCAUUCCGGGACUCGUUUCCGUCCAACCGAAUCACAGCGUCCAAGCUCUCAAGGAGACUCCGUGGCCGCAGACCCUUAUGCUGCUUGGAAAAUCGGGCGAGCAGAUCAUGAUUGAUCUACUCAUUGACACGGCCGUCUUCCUCCCGGUAAAGGCCGGCAUCGGCAAUUUGCACCAACUGAGCGGUAUUCCAAUAUUGGAAUCCAGCGUGUCAGUAGGCACGAACCAGAGUAAGACGGACCAUUCGAAAGGCCAAUCCAAACCGGUAGAUGCCGUUCACGAACGACUUCCUUCCGAAAUAACUUUUGUGAGGAAUCGCAUGCUCUACGCCAGAGCCGCACUCACCACCAAGGGCACUGUCCAUCACGGCCUCAGACAUAUACACGCUUUGAGCCGCUAUCCGUAUGUCUCUCCAGAUCAGACGUCAGAAGAAGAGAAGGGAGCUCUGCCCGUAUCCAAUGAGCGAAACACACUCAAGGUCAUGAUGUAUAUUUUCCCUCGGCAGUUUGGCCUACACAACGUGUUUACCUCAGCGAUUGAUUACUCCAAGACCUCUCAGAAGUUUGCAGACUACACCCUACGCGAGGAGGAAAUCGCCACGGUAUACAAAGAGCAGAAAGUGCGACUUCCCAAGCGACUACGGGGAGACGCCAAACGGCUUGUCGAGAGGCUCCAACUUCUCCAUGGCCGUUGCGCCUACGCCGAGUUACUGCGACAUUACUGUCCAACUCCUAUCGACUUCAGGUCUCGUACCACUCUGUCGAAGAAGACAAUGAAGCAGUCUCCAAACCUUCCUGUUUCUCAGGCACCAGGAAGUAGGACGCUACAGACGGAGCACACCCCUCUUUCCAGUAAUACAACACAGAGCCGCCACAAGUCACGUCAACCAGCCUUGUCUCUGCCGGCGAUUAAAUUCGAUGCAGUGACUGAAUUGGCGACUUCUGCGAGCCACGUAUCCGCCUAUUGUAAGGCUGUGUUGGCCAAGGUCAUUCCCAAUGAGUUUUGGGGGUCCGGCGACGACCAGGUUCACAACAAAAACCUUCUACUGAAGAAGGUCGACCAUUUUGUCAGAAUACGGAGGUUCGAAAGCAUGACCCUGAAUGAACUUGCAGACGGUAUCAGGGUGACGAGCAUGGCAUGGUUAGCGCCGCCCGCUCUGAAGGGACAGAAGACCAGUCAAACGGACAUGAAGAAGCGACUCGAGAUACUGAAUGAAUUCCUGUACUAUGUUUUUGAUUCUCUCUUGAUACCCCUUCUGCGCAGCAAUUUCUACAUCACCGAAUCAAGUUCUCAUCGUUAUCGGCUCUUUUACUUUCGACACGACAUCUGGCGGUAUGUAGCAGAGCCAGCGAUGACGACCCUCCGGACCACCAUGUUUGAGGAGGUCAAACUCGAUCAGGCUACCCGUGUCCUCGACUCCAGGCGUUUGGGCUUCAGUCGCAUCAGGCUGUUGCCGAAGGGGAAAACCAUGCGGCCGAUCACGAAUCUGCGAAGGAGGACGGUUGCCAAAGGCAAAGGCACGAUCCUUGGGCCCAGUAUCAACUCCGUUCUUGGGCCCGUUCACUCUAUGCUCAGGCUGGAAACGGAGCGCAAUCCAUCCAAGCUCGGCUCUUCGAUGUUCUCUGUGGGCAAUCUCUACCCCCGACUGCACGCUUUCAGCGCUAGAUUCGGAAACCAACAUCCAAAGUUUUACUUCGCCAAAGUGGAUGUGCAGUCUGCCUUUGACACAAUCCCACAGACUGCCGUCAUCCGGCUGAUGGAAGACAUCCCCAGCGAGAAACAGUACAUCAUCAAAAAGCACGUCGAGGUCAAGGCGGCUUUGUUGGAUAGCCAGCCCCAAAAGCAUGCAGUCACAAAACUGACGCGACGGUGGCACUCCAUCGCUGUCACGCGCAACGACACGACCGACUUCGCGCAACUAGUCGAGAGCCGUCUUGGGAAGAGCCGGAAAAACACAGUCUUUGUGGGCAACACAAUGAGGAGGGAGGUCGAGAUCAGAGAGCUGAUGGACCUGAUGACGUCGCACAUCAAGCAGAACCUGGUCAAGGUCGGCAAGAAGUUUUAUAGGCAGAAGAGGGGCAUUCCCCAAGGCUCCGUGCUCUCCUCGGCCCUUUGCAACUACUUUUACGCGGACCUGGAGGCGCAGCGCCUUUCGUUCCUGGCGGCGGAGGACUGUCUUCUUUUGAGGCUGAUUGACGACUUUCUCCUCAUCACGACAGAUCCGUCGAAGGCGCGGGAGUUCGUUGAAGUCAUGCACGGCGGGCUCCCCGAGUACGGCGUCACCGUCAACCCUAAGAAGACGCUGGUCAACUUCGGCAUGGCCGUCGAUGGAAUGAGCGUGGCUAGGAUGCCGGAGGGGUCUCGUUUCCCCUAUUGCGGCCUGGGCAUUGACUGCAACACACUUGACAUCGUCAAGGACCGGGAACACAUCAAAGACGCCGUUGUCUCUAAUGCUCUGACGAUCGACUAUGGCAAUAAGCCCGGCCAGAACUUCCAACGGAGAGUCCUGAACGCCUUCAAGAUCCAAUCCCACCUCAUGUUCUAUGAUACCAAGCACAACGCCAUGGGGACCGUCAUGUCGAACCUCCACAAGGCCUUUGCGGAAACGGCCGAGAAGAUGUGGGCUUACUGGCGCUGCCUCCCCGCGGGGAGACGACCCGUAGACAGGUUGAUCAUGCAGACCGUGACAAAAGUCAUCGACGUAGCCUUUGUGCUGCUCACGAGCCAGGCGAGGCGGGAGAAAUACCCAGAGUACGCCUGCGACAUCGACAAGACGCACGUCGCGUGGCUCGCGCUCGACGCGGUGAGAAAGGUCUUCGUCCGAAAACAAGCAAACUUCGCGGGUGUCCUGUCGUGGAUCGACACCGAGCUCGGGAAGCUCGACUCUAAGCAGGUAGCACGCGCGACAAAGCACAUUCGUUGAAUAGCGGUUUGUAUCGCAAAUUUUUCGCCAGGCGUUUUGUCACACGUAGAAAAUCAGCAAGAAAAAAGGAGGGGGGGGAGGGGCUUCGCUGUUCCCCGUAGAGGCACUCCGCUUGCCGCCCUGCGAAAGGUAAUUGAGUAACUCUCUCGUCUUGUGUGCUGUACUACCUCCCGUGCUCGUGCUGCCCGUAGUUCGACAUGUCAACAUCCCACGCGCUCCCUCACCGAGCCCAACCCGAACGAUCUACUUCCCGAUCGUAUCGUCCUCUCUUCUCUCCCGUAACAAUUCACGUAGUACGAACUGCAUCACACGAACGUCUGAACGACCGAACCAGCAACCGACCGACACCCUUCAGGAGCCAGUGAAUCAGAGACGUCUUUUCAACUUUUCCAUCUUCAUCACAUAAAAGCCGACGGUCGUGCGCACUCCCUGGAAGCACCAUUUCGUUCCCAUACCUGCUCGUCGAC